AGGUCGCAGAAGAAGCCCUCCCGGCAGAAGCCCUCCAGACUGAGUUCCAGGGCGUAGCUGCUUCCAGGACAGAGACGUCAUGGAGGAGAAUUGUGACAGUCUCGCCAUUCUGGGUCACAGUUCCCAGCCGUGCUCAAGAGGUGGUGGUGGUGGUGACUAGCUGAAGGCUUGUCAGAAAUAAUGAUGAGCAGUUGUUGGUUUUAUAUGUCGCCUUUCUCCCCCUCUGUUUCAUGUUACUGUCCACCUCCCUCCCUCCUUUCUUUCUUUGUACUUGGAGAAGUCUUCUCUCCUCCUCCUCCUCCUCCUCCUCCUCCUCCUCUGCUCUUCAUUCAUCUUCUGUGCUUUUCCUUCUUCAGGUUCUCUCCCUGUUGUUCCCCCCUUUCUCUUUAGCCCCUUCUCUUUCUUUUUCUCUUUCUCCUUCUCUUUCUUCCCCCCUCCCUCCCUCCCUCCCUUUGCCUAGCCCCCGCCAAUGCCAGUGCCCUACUCUUCCAUCUCCUCUUCUCUUUCUCCAACCACUCCUUAUCCUUCGCCCUUUCCUUUCUCCAGGCCUUUCCCUUCCUGCUCCACCACAGAACAUUUGCUGACAGCCCUUGCUCCGUUGAAAAGGACAGCAUUUAGUGUGACGACACUCACAAUGAGAAUGGGCUGCAAGCUUUUUACAUGGGGUAUUCCAAGGAACCGGAAUCCCUUGAAACACUUGAAGGAGAUGAAGAGAGCCUUUCCCAGUGUCGUGAGGAGGACUUGAUCUUGCAUUCUCAGCAGCGACCAGAGACCCAGCAGGAAAACCAUCCAUUGGAAGGGAUGGGAAAUUCUGUUCCUCAUUGGGGAGGUUUUGAGGGCCUUGAUGAAUCUACAGUCCAACAGAGAAUCCCCACGGGAGAGAAGCAAGAGAAGCGAACUGAGAACGGAGAAAGUCUCAGCUGGAGGUCGGACUUUGUGAUAAGCCGGAGAAUUCCUAAAAAGCGUGACAAGCCUUAUAAAUGCUCAGAGUGUGGCAAAAGCUUCAGUGUGAGCUCGGACAUUAUCCGGCAUCAGAGAAUCCACACGGGUGAGAAGCCAUACAAAUGCCUGACAUGCGGGAAAGGUUUCAAUCAGAAUUCCCACCUCACUGCACAUCAGAGAACCCACACGGGUGAGAAACCAUAUAAAUGUUGGGAGUGUGGGAAAAGUUUCAGCCUGAGCUCUGACUUCACUAGACACCAGAGAAUCCACACAGGAGCAAAACCGUAUAAAUGCUCAGAGUGUGGGAAAGGGUUCAUCCAGAAAUCACACUACAUCACACAUGCAAGAAACCACACUGGGGAAAACCCAUUUAAAUGCCCUGAAUGUGGUAGGGGCUUUACGUCCAGCACACUACUCAUCAGGCACCAGAGAAUCCACACAGGAGAGAAGCCAUUUAAAUGCUCCUACUGCGACAAAAGGUUCUGUGCGAGCUCAAACCUUGUUACACACAUGCGGACACAUACUGGAGAGAAGCCAUUUAAGUGUUUGGAGUGCGGGAAGAGCUUCAGUCAGAAAUCCACCCUGAUUGCACACGAGAGAACGCACACAGGCGAGAAACCGUACAAAUGUUGGUGCAGCAAAAUGUUCAGCAAAAGCUCAGAUCUCCUCGCUCAUGAGAGAACCCACACGGGAGAAAAACCAUACAUUUGCCCUAGUUGUGGCAAAAACUUCCGGAUGAGCUCUCACCUCAUAAGGCACCAGCGGAUUCACACGGGAGAGAAACCGUAUAAAUGUUCAGAAUGCGGGAGGAGCUUCAGUGCCAGUUCGCACCUGAUCAGACAUCAGAAAAUACAUCUAGGGGAAAACUGAUGUUAGCAAUGCAUUUGCAAAGAAAUCCCACUGCUGACACAAGACAAGGACUGAACAAUAUCUUGGAACUCAAGUUUCAUUGAAACUGCAGCACUUC